GUGUUGUCCUAUGGAUAGCACGUGACUAAACCUUCUUAAGUUUUGUGGUACAGAGGUUCAAAACGAAUAAAUUAUUACCAGUACAGGUAUCAACAAUGCAGUAUGGCCAGACGUAGCGGAAUUAUGGACAGCGUAGUCAUAGCACGGAAACCACAUACACGUUAUCAGGCAGUCUUAUUUGAUACGAGAUACGAAGCCGGUUAAAUGGGGGCAAAGUUGCGCAUUCAGAUCAAACUCGCCACAGCUGUUUUGAC